CCGCUCGCGUCGGUAGUCGUCGGCAGAACUACCUGAGCGCCCUCCAUCGCGCUCAUCCACGUCUCGACCUUCGUCCUCGGCGGGGCGCGUUGUCCGCUCGCGUCGUCAGUCGUCGGCAGGACGCAUGCUGUUGUUCUUCGAUGACUCCGACGAGCUGGGUGAUAAGGAGUUGCGUCCGAUAGCGAGGGUUGAAAGGGACCCAGACUUCCAUCUAUCCAGCUCGGAGGACGAUCUAGAUUACGUGUCGGUCGUGGACACUACUCUUGAUGCUGACGAGCCUUUGGCUCGUUACCUAGAGAGGAUAGUGUACCGCAACGCUCCCGGGACACCUAACUUUCGUUGGCGGAAGAAGGACAACUUCCCCAGGAAGGUGGCCUUUUCCGGAGAUCCCGGGUUCAAGGUCCCGUUGACUGUCGAGUCCACCCCGCUCGACAUUUUUUCGUACCUCAUGACCGACGACGUGAUUGAUCACAUUGUUUCGGAGACCAACUUGUAA